AUGGAGGAUCCCGCGAAGGCGCAGGAGGAAGCGAGGAAGCGGGACAAGGAACGUGCCGCCAAGGAAUCCGAAAAGGCCUUGGAAGAGGAGAGGCGGAAGGUGCAGCAAUUGCAUGAGGAGAUGUCUAAGAGACCUCACACCUUCGACACCGAGGGCAACUUGAUUUGGGUCGACGAGCUGAAACCGGACCGACUUCCAAAGCUGGUGGAAUUCUCCAAUUAUCAGGUGAAGAAAGACCCGAAGCUCACUGGAACUCUUGGCAGGGACGAAAAGCCGGUGAUGGGUGGUGCUGGUGCAUCCCCUGUGGCGGACAAGCGCACGAAGCGACAGAAGGGGGGUGGCAAGCGCCGCAACAAGAAGGGGGAGGCAGGUCCCGAGUUCACCGAUGGUUUUUCCAAGUUGCAGCAUGGGCAGCCGCCCAUCAUCGAGACCAUGGUGGUCGUGCCUGGAGUGCUUUUAGAACAGAUGGGCAAGGUGAAGGCAGGUCCGGAGCCAGAGUCGCGCUUCAUGUCGCGCAAGGAGUACGUCUUGCUGGCUGAAGCCGAGGUGCCCACCGAAGCCAGUUUCCGGAAGGGCGCGCCGGCGGCCUCAAGCGAUAGUCAGGGCGCUGGUGGCGGUGAUCCGCCCGCGGCACCGCCCAGUGGAGCUGGAGCUCCUCCUGAGGCCACUGGCCUCCCACAGAUUCCAGGAGCAGGGCGCGUCACAGCGGUUCCAGCUUAUCCAGGACAGCCGAAACCGGGAGCGGCAACGUCGCAAAAGGCACCUCCCGCUCCACCAGCACCGGUGCGACGGAAGUAUGAGGCGUUGGGCUUCGGCCGCGAUCCAAGGUACCACGCCCCGAAUUUGGGUGGAAACUUGGGCCUGGGCGCUGCGCAGCCAGUGCUGGGUGCUACCAUGGGGCAUGGCCUGGUAAAGAGCUCUUCCAACAAGGAGGCCUUUUUCUUUCCUCCUGCAGUUCCUGAUAUGCCGGGUGUUCUGAGGUCUCAGAGCGAAGCUGCGCUUGGCAGCGCACGCCGAGGCCCCAGUGAGACGACCCCACGAGGUCCGGAAGACCAAGGACAACUGCGCCCUGAGUUGUCCCCUGCGUAUCGCAACUUCCGACACGCCAUGAACCUGGACGGCGGCGCGGCGGCCCGGGGGAUUUUUCCGUACCACGGAGUUGAUGCGAUUGGUGUGAAAAAUGCCUCGCGGAGUCAGCUGUCAUCGGGGCUUGGACCCGCCGUGGAACAGUUGGAGCAGCAAGCAGUCAUGGACCAACAAAGAUUCCAAGACGGUUUCGCUGGGUACGCAAUGUUUUGGUCCCGUUUUGGCCCAGAAAUCCACGGAAGCUUCGCAGAAGCUCCGUGGAAGCUCCGUGGAAGCCGAGCCUUGUCUUCCCCACCUGCCGUGGACAGGUGUGUUUUCUAUCGAAAGAAUUCGGGGAAGUCGGGUACUUCAUGCUGGCUGUCUUUGGCUUUAGCUGGCCUCGACGGCACGGAUGGCACGGACGUUUUCCAGGCUCUGACGGGCAAGUUUCCAGUCAGGAAUGUGUCUGAUGAUGUUCAGCAGUUAUUGAAGCAACGCUUUGCAAUCCUGCUGGAUGGAACGAAGCCGAGGUGGCACUGCUACAACUGCAAAUGGUCCUCGACCCAGAAAGGGUACUGCAGGCCUUUGGAGCAUGUGUGCCUACAAGUUCUUCUCAAGGAAGCCACUUACCGGCAGCUGCAUGGUCUUCAGCGAAAUGUAGACUUGAAAGCGGAAGUCAUAGAGUUUCUGGCUGAAUACAAACAGAAAGGAAACCGAACCCAACCUUGCACGAUUCCAUUGGACAAGGAAGGCAUCAUGCGCUUGUGUCACAAGGGAUGGCCAGCAGCUAUUUUCAGAGCCAAGUUUGAGCAUUGGGUCCCCUUUGAUUUCGACUACCAGGCGGUCGAUGUGAACAUGGCCCCGGUUGCUAACGCUUUGAAUGCUGAACUGGAUCAAGAAGAGGCAGAACGGAGGCAUGUGCUGGCGACUGUGACUAAUGGCAUUGGAAUGCAGACGACGUCUAAAGACAAUGUCUCUUGCUUGGCGUCUCAGGCAACUUGGUCCUCAUUCCUAGGCUUCAUUGCCCAGGACUAUCGGCAGCCGACCCGUCAACGUAUAGAUGAGUUGUGCGAACAAAUGUCGAACGAGGUGGACCAGAAACUGGCUGAAAAGCUUCAGCAUGAUGGCCCAUGGUUUGUGACUGCUGAUGGUGCGACAUCCAAGGGGCACUCCUUGGUGACAAUUGAUUGUACAAAUGCUCAAGAUGAUGUUAUCCAUUUGGCACUGAUCGAUGGAGGUUACAAUCGCUUAGACGCCGUAUGGCUGAAGCAGCAGCUGCGUGAGCAGCUGGAGCGGUUGCCUGCUGUGGCUGGCGUGAGUCAAGACACGGCCCGCGUUUGCAAGAAGGCAUGGAAAGAGCUCCACAGAGAUCUUCGGGCUGGAAAUCCUGCAAGGUGGCGCGGCCUAGCUUAUAUCGAUUGCGGAGAACAUGUGUCCCAGCUUGUGGCUGCAGACAUGGCGAAGGAAAUCCCUUGGCUACAGGAUGUCCUCGGCAAGGUCCACAAAGCUCAACGGGUAGUGGUGCGGAAAAAACGAGCCAAAGCUUAUGUCCUUCAUGUGCAGAAAGAUUGGUUGAAGAAAGGCCGUCUCCCGCGAUUGAGAAAGCUCCGUGUUGUCCGGAAAACACGGUUCAAUAGCAAUUGCCGCACCCUGGACAGCUUCCUCGUGAAUGCCAGCUGCAUGCGGCAGAUUGUGGACGCUGCCGACUUUCAGAAUGCCAUGAAAGCACGCUCUGUGGAAAAGAAUGCCAAAGUUGAGGCUCACCUGAAAGCGUGGACGUCAAACGCAACCUUUGAGCGGGCCAGACGUGCCCUGGCAAUCUUGGGUCCUGCUGCGGUUCUUUGCCGUCAAGUCGCUACGAGGGACUUCUUUAAGUGCCUGCCUUCGUGGCGAAAAGCUCAAUGCAAAAUUUUGGAAUCCUUGGCCACUGAAGAUUUUGCAGAUGCGAGGCUUCGCGAGACAGGAGAUUGCAGCUUGUUGUGUCCCGGCUACUUGUUAGCUGAGUGCUUGCGCCUUCCAAAGGUGCAGAUUUGCAUUGGCACAUUCUUGCGUGCGGCUCCAGAGUUGCCUGCUGCGCUUCCUGAAGGUGUUGUCCUGGCACCUUGCAAGCCUGGACGCCCUGCAAAGGGCACAGUCCGGCCUCCGAAACCGCCGACUGGCAGGUUCGGUGGGCAAGCUUUUCGAGAUGCAGAAGCUCAGAUCAAGAUGCUCCAGAAAAAUAUGAAAGAGCCCUGCGUGCCCAAGAAAACGUUCGUGCGUUGGGCUCGUGACGUCUUGGAAAGCCAGCGUGACCCCAAAGGUGCGAUGCUCAAGAUGACCCCCGCUGCAAUCGACACUUUGCAGUCGGCUUUGGAGGACUAUGGUGUGCAGUUGAUGGUGCGUGGAAGCAUUGUUGCUCACCAUGCCAAAAGACAGACCGUGACUGAGAAGGAUUUGGAGUGCUUGGCCAAGUUGGAUUCUGCCAACAGUGCCAGCGCAAUUGUCCCCAGUGAGAGUUCCAAGCCUAAGAAAAGAAAGGUUAGCAAAUGA